GCGUUGCUCUCGCCCUUUCCUGUUGCUGCUGCUCUCCCCACUUCGCGCCACGACGCACGCGCUGCGCGCGCGCGUGCGCGUGGUGUGACGGCGGGCGAGGCGGAGCCAAUGCGCAACGAGUGCCAGGCGUCUGAGCUGCGCACGGACUCUCACGGGCACCCUCUGUUUCUCUCUUCCUCGGUGACCCCUCGCGAUGGAAUCGGAUGUUGGGACCACCCACUGAAGCGGGUAUGCUUAUGCUGUUGACCGAAAGGUGUGAUCGUCUGCCGGACGAGGCUGCCCGUGCUGGUCAGCACCGCGUUCCACUGUAGCCUCUGUUCAAUGGGGAGGGGGUGAGUGGGUGUCAAUUAGCGCCUCUGUCUUUCUCUAUCUUUGUCUUCAUGCGCCACUCCCUCUCAGAUCCCCCGUGGUUAAAUGAUUGGCCAUGAUGCUCUCACAUCGCGCAUCAUCAUAGCACUGCAUGAGUGAUUUCGACCGCAGCGCUCGCUGCGGGAUUCGAGCGGGAAGCGGGCGGGAGGAGAGAAGGGCGCUCGAGGGUCCAGGGACAGAGGGGUGUGGUAGUGGUGUCUGGGAGUGGAAGACAGCGGGAAGGGCCAGCCGCGGCCACUCAGGGGAAACCGAGGAGGGGGAAGGAAGAAAAAGCUGCGUGAGGAACUUUCUGGCAGUUUCGGUUGCAGAGAGGCAGCAGCUAACGGGCAGAAGAUAGAGGAGAAGUAGAGGGAGGAGAAAGAGGAAAGGAGGAGGAGGGGGCACGCAGGGCGGCGACAUCUCGGGCCUGCUCUGCGCGUCGUGGUGAUCCAUUGGAAGCCAUGGCCGGAGCCACGUGGGCAGAGAGCGACGGCCAUGGCGGACUUGGGCUGGGGGGUUAUGUCAUGAAUCGGUUCCUUCUGGGGUCGGUGGCGUUGAUUGUCGCGGCAGUGGGAUUCUCGAAACAGUAUCUUGUGAAGAAACCCGCGAAGAAGAAGGUGCGCGUCUACAUGGAUGGCUGCUUCGACAUGAUGCAUUAUGGGCAUGCGAAUGCGCUGCGCCAGGCUCGGUCGCUCGGCGAUGAGCUCGUGGUCGGCCUCGUAUCGGACGAAGAGAUCAUACUCAACAAAGGCCCGCCAGUCACGAAGAUGGACGAGAGGAAGGUUAUGGUGGAGGCAACGAAGUGGGUGGAUGAAGUCAUUGUGGAUGCGCCAUAUGCAAUCACAGAGGAGUUCAUGCAGAAGUUGUUUACGGAGUAUGGAAUUGACUAUAUUAUCCAUGGUGAUGAUCCAUGUUUGCUGCCUGAUGGCACAGACGCCUAUGCUGCUGUUCGCAAGGCGGGGCGCUUUAAGCAGGUGAAGAGAACGGAAGGUGUCUCUUCAACUGACAUUGUUGGUACUGCACACAGAGGUCCUCAUCAUCCGAUCAUGAACGUACAUGAGCGGAGCUUGAGCGUGCUUUCUUGCAGAUAUGUUGACGAGGUGAUCAUCGGAGCUCCAUGGGAAGUCACAAAGGAUCUGAUCACGACUUUCAAUAUCUCUCUGGUGGUGAGGGGCACUGUGGCAGAAACAUGCAGCUUUGUCAAUGGAGAGAUUGACCCAUACACUGUUCCAAGGGACAUGGGUGUCUUGGAAGUGAUAGAGUCCCCGCGGGAUAUCACCACGUCGACCAUCAUCAAGCGAAUAGUUCUCAACCAUGAGGCAUAUCAGAAACGAAAUGAGAAGAAGACAAAAGGGGAGGAGAAGUACUACUCCGAGAAGUCGUUUGUAGUGGAUGCGUAGCCCAGCAAGCUGCACGUGCAAUUGUCGGUGAUAUAUUCUGCCCUCCGCAUUUGGCCAGCUGACGUGUUUCAUUCCCGCAUGAAAUUUGAGAUCUGUGGCCGUGCAUUCGUUGUGUGUGAGAUAUAAAAAGAAGGGCCCCAUUCUUCUGCGAUUGUGUGAGGUAGAAAAAGAAGGUUCUGUUUCUCUCCGAAACCCUCCCUCCCAAGUCCGUUUACACCCCCUGCCAGCAGAAGAUGUGCCCUUUUUUUUCUCUCUCCUCUCCGCUUGCGUAAGCCCAUGAUUUUAGGGGGCCCCUUGGUAGAGCUUUGGAAGUUUGUACGGUCGUUAGGGAUUCCAUAGCCUCAAUUCGAACUGAAUUGAUAGGGUGUUGUAUUUCGUAGGAUGGUAUCCAUUGGAUUCCUCUGUCAGUUUAUUGAAUUUAAUUCAUUUCUAAUUUAGAGAGAUGUGGAGCAAGAGGAGGAGAAAGAGGAAGACCAGGGGAAAAGGGAGGGGGAAGGGGAGGCGGAGUAGAGGGAGUCCACAGAUGUUAAGGGAGGAGGUUCAGUUCAGGUCUUUAGAACAUCUAUCAGAUUCGAGCAUUCUCUUUGCCCCCCGCUCCUCCCCCCCCCCCCCCACCCCCCCCCUUCUUUUUCUGCCUUUCCCUUUCCGGCUUGUUUCCAGAGUCUGGUGUACUCUUGUACGUGAUAGUAGGUCUGUCUUCCCCUUUUUCUGCCUUUCCCUAGGUCUGUAUUCACUCUGUAGUUGGAUUUGUAUCUGUCAGACUGUCACAGUUCGUUUGUUUUACCGUAAUUCUUCGAAGGAUAUCGCUCUUUAAAAAGUCUUUUUGUCUUUCCAGGGAUUUUUUCUUGUUGUCGGUUUGUGCGGUCUCUCACGUGUGAACCUUCCAUCUCCGGCUUGGAUCAGGUGGAGCCAUAUCCAUGGUCAACGGGCCAAUGCUCGCACCCACUGACCAAAGAACAUUGCUCGCCGCUUUCUUCGAAGGGUAUGCGCUCUCGCUAUUUGAUUGCGAGCAAAAUGCUGUUCAAGAACACAGCUGUUUUUUUAUUGUCAAGGCUCACUGCAAGGGAGGUGGGGAUACCAUUCGUACAAUGUCAGUCUCUCUGUCCCUGAGCCUGUCCAGCAUCCUAUCCGGCCUCUAUCUCGGAGACUCAGCUGUGUGCUGCAGCUUGCAUUUGCACUGAGAUGAGAGAGCUCUCAUGUCAGAGAGGGACUAGGCUUUGAACCUACUCUU